GGGGAAAUCAAGGCGGUCUGUGUAGAAAACAAACAAUGACUGCCAGUCGUUAUUUACACAGUUUUUGUUUGACAAGUUAAUCUGCAAAAAAGCGGCGCAUAGCUCUUCCUUAAUCGCAUUCAAUGUAAACCAUGUAAAUUUAGUUUGUUUCACAUUAAAUUCCAAUGUGCGAAUUUGUAUGAAAUUUCACCACGUCGCCGCAUUUGCCGAAUCAGCGCACCCGCCAUAUUUGAUAUCUGCGCAUCUUAUCCUGGACGAUGUCAUUUAACAAUAUGAAGACUGCACGCCCAGAUACUGAAUUGUCCUCGUCAAAAAUUGAAAGACCAUCAACAGCAACAAUUGCCAAGAGCCAACCCCAAAAGUCAUUUAUACCAACUUUCAGAAGUCUCUCUCAACCACCAAGUAUAUCCAUUUUAAACGACCAAUCCAACUCCUCGCCAACAACUACGGCUCUAAAUAGUGAGGUGUUAUCAGAAGAAAUAAAAACACAUUGCUUGAAAAUGAAGUAUUUAACGAUAUGACAAUGAUAACCGAUGAAUUUAAAGAUUGUUUAGAAAGUGUCAAGCUAGAGUUAGACACUCCAUCAAACUCACAGUUUGACAGUCUAAACUUAGGCAGUGAAACAGCUGCAGAUAUCCUAAACAAUCUUAAAACUCCUGAGGAGAUUGAAACACCUCCUAGUACACAACGUUCAAAGCGUCGAGAGAAAUCUCCACCAUUUCUACAACGUGCCACUGGCAAAGGAUCAGCUCCAAUUAGAAGUUUAUCAAGAAAAAAUAGCAAUUCUGGAAUACCAGUUUCUGUUAGUUUAUCUGGCAAAACAAAUACAAAGAGUCCGCCUCCCAGGCAACUUGUAAAGAGACAAGGUGCCUCGCCAGCAUCCACUGGUUUAACAUCAACAGCUGGUAGUAAGAAACAAUUAUCAACAUCACCAUCACCGACGGAGAAAACAAACACAGCGUUGAUGGUAAAAAGAAACAUGGAUAUAUUCUUGGCGAAAAAGAAACGUUAUGAAACAAUGCGUAAAGAUAUACAGGGUAAACAGAAACCGCUCUUGGAUCUGUACAAUGCAUUGCUCGAUUUGAAGAAGAAACUGUCAGAAAAUGGGGAGCAGGUAUCUGUAAAACCAAUGCCGCCUUUUGAAAACGAUUCAGAACUUAAACCUAAAACGCAUUCUGUGGAAGUGGAAGCUAAUGAAGAUUUAACUGAAAAGGUAUCAAAUGUUAACACGCAAAUCCUCGACGAUGUUAAGAAGUCGGUUGAAGAAAUUCGUGUAAAUGCCGUAGAGUUGUGUAAAAACAUGAUGGAGAAGAGAAAUAAUCUGCUAGUUGCUUUUGAGAAUAUAGCCAUUUUGGAUGGUAAUAGUAAAGCACUCUUGCAUGAGUUGGAACUUCAUAAAAAUGAAAAUGUUGCAUUGGAAGCAUUUCUAUCGAAAAACAUUGAAAAUCAAGAAGAGGAACUAAAAGAGAUGGUUGACAAGUUGACCAAUUUAAAGUUAAUUACAACUCCCGUGGUUCAACAGACUAUUCGACCACCAGCUGAACCAAGGGAAGAUUUUUCGAAAGAAUUGCAACAACGAUUGAAGGAAAUAAAAGAACUUGAGGACAAGAUCAAACAAUCUGAGAAACAAUUGAGCCAAACACAAAAGGAUCUUAAAGCAGCGCAAGCUGCGUCAGCUGCUGGGCAGGAAAGCGGUGAUGCACUUCGGAGCGAAAACGACAAGUUAAAACAAAAGAUAACUACUCUGGAGAAACUGAUAGAAACUGAAAAGAGGAAAGCCGCGCAUGAAGUAGACCGCAUUAAAACAACCGAAAUGAGCUCCAAAACACUUAAGGCUAAGUUGAAAGAGGUGGAAACUGUCAAACUACAACAUGAAAGUAAAAUCAGCCAACUUAAUACUGAACUGAGAACUGCGCAGAAUAAACUGAAAGUAGCUGAGAAAAACUUUGAGAAGGAGCUUGGUGAACUCAAUAAGUCCCGCAACCUGGACAAGUCGGUUAUUGAGCGUCUAAACAGGGACAAAUCUACGUUUGAAACCAGGUUGAACGAGGCACACCAGCAGGCUGAAGAAAUGCGCAGCAUGUUUGAGGCACGCGACGGCAGAAUGCGGCAGGAGGUGGAAUUGGCGCGGCAGGAAUGUGAGGCGCAAACUAAUAUGGCGAUGCAGAUGCGGAUUGAAUGCGAAAAUCUCAGGAACGAAUUGAGUUCAAUGCACAUGCAUUCAAAGCAGAGCAGUGAAUUGAUACGACGGAGCGAAGACGGAUCAUUGACUUACAGUGAAAGAGAAUGUGAGCAACAAGUGGAAAUUGUUGCUCAGAGAGCCGCCAUCAAAGCUCUUCAGGAGAAAGUCAAUACCAGCACCAUGGAAAAGAACAGAUUUAUAGAAACCAUUGAGACUUUGCGUGGUAAUACCAGAAGUGAGUUGCAUGAGGACAUAGUGAAGACCUUGGUUGAAAAGGAAGAAGAAAUCACCCAGUUGCAUCAGCUUCUUAAAAAACGUGAAGAUGAUCUUGCCAAUCGGCGUGUUGAACUGCAGAAUCUAAAGAACAAAGUUGAUAACCUCCAAGAUCAUAUCCAAUCAAUGAAACAGCAGGAUACUGAAAGUGAGCUUAAGAAUAUGAUAAAAGAAGGUCGCAGUAAACUGGAGGAUGCAUUGGCUAAGUCAUUAGAAAAUGAACACAAGUUGAUUAAGUUUGAGCAUGAAAUGGCGCAAAAAUUCAACUUGUCCAGUUUAGAGAACACGUUGAAGUUAAGAGAUGGUUUAAUUGGAGUGCUCAAAACCAAGAAGGAAGAGUUAAUUGUAGAAAACACCAGUUUAGCCAAGUAUUCUGAAGAGAUCCGUUUAUUCGUGCUUGAGGCUAAGGAAGAGCUAAAAGAGAAAUCCGAAAUCAUCACACAACUGCAACUGGCCCUGAAUGACAGGCUUCGGGAAAUACACAAGUAUGAAAAGCGAAUGCAACAAAUGGAAGGACAACUGGCACUUACAAAUGAAAAGCGUUACCGGUUGCAGGAUACAGUGAGUUUGAUGGAACGAGAACUGCAUAUGACGAAGAAUGGUUUGGACGCGAACAAUGAGAUACGGUACGAUGACCAUUGUGGUGCCGCCUUUGACGGUAGGCUUACUUGUGAGGUGGAAAUGAAUGAAGAAGAGAAAUCUGCGUGUGAAUGUGACAAUGAUAAUCAGCCGGAGCAGACUGAUAACUUUGAUUAUGAAUAUGAGUGUCCUUGUGAUUGUGAGGAAUAUGAUGAGGACGUUAGCAGGUCGAUGGGUAUGCAUAUGCAACCAUGGCAGGCGACUAGUGCUCGCUUGUAUAAUCAGUAUCGUACUGCGUACCAUCAGCAGCGUAGUAGUAGAUCACGCGUAGCGGUUCAAUCGCAAAGUUUAGGAUCAAUUUCGGGUCGAUUUAAUACCAGUACCGAGGAGAUUUACGAAUCGCGUAAUUCUUCUAGUGGGACUUUCCUGUUAGAAGAUAAACAGCCGACAACUUGCGUGUCCUUACGAUCUGAGCAGCCAUCUUGUAAACCACUGCAUCAGUGCUAUGCUAAUCCUAACUUUCAUAAUGAUACUAACAAUUACAACUAUAGCUAUGCACCCCAUCAGGGUCAUGGGGAAUGUGCAGAAAGUCAAUUUGCGUUUUAUCCAAAUCCGGAAAAUUGCGUUUUUGGUCCAGGACAAUACUAUCAACCGAUAACUUUAGGAUGCGUAGAUACCUACCAGGUAGCCGAUAGCGGCCAUCUUGUGUGGCUAACGCCAUCUGCCACGAUGCAAGCGAACAACGCCAUCAUCACACGCGAUUUAUUUACGCAUUCGUGUACGAAACUCAAAAAUAAUUUAAAGGACAGUCUGCGACGACUCGAGGAAACUCGCGCCAGCUAUUCCUAAAAUUUUUGAAGUCGUUGAUUGAAUGAGAAAGUUAUUUUCUGUCUUGGAGCUUUGGGAAAACAACGACUAAUUCAGAUUUCUUUUUGUUCCAGGACAGGAAAUAAAUUUCUCAAACAUUAAGGACGAUGGCCCGGUGAAAAUAAAAAUUACCGUUUCGUAAGCCACGCACGUUCAAACACUCUAUGCAAAUAAUCUAUCUAACUUAUGUGAUGAUGACGAUAUUCUCGGGUUUAGAAUUAAUAAUAAAAACCUACUAAUCCGUA